AAUUCUAUUGGGUUAUGUCUAUUUGGAGAAAUGGAGUCAAGGCUGGUCAUGGGUGUCUUUCUCCUAGCGGUGCUCCUUCUGGAUAUACAAUGCAAUCCUCUAUCAUGGGGUUUGGAUCCAAUGUAUGACGAUGGUUACACUGAAGUUGGACCUUCUGAAGCUCCAGGAUGGAAUCCCAAGUAUGAAGCUAGUUUCACCGACGACGGCCCUUCUGAAGCUCCAGGAUGGAAUCCCAAGUAUGAAGCUAGUUUCACUGACGACGGCCCUUCUGAAGCUCCAGGAUGGAAUCCCAUGUAUGAAGCUAGUUUUAAUGAAGACGGAACUUUUGAAGCUCCAGGUUUCUAUGAGCCUGAAUUGCAGAUGGACCCUGGAUAUGAGUCUGGACAUGGAGGCCAGGACACUAGCUAUGAGUCUGGACAUGGAGGCCAGGACACUAGCUAUGAGUCUGGACAUGGGGGCCAGGACACUAGCUAUGAGUCUGGACAUGGAGGCCAGGACACUAGCUAUGAGUCUGGACAUGGAGGCCAGGACACUAGCUAUGAGUCUGGACAUGGAGGCCAGGACACUAGCUAUGAGUCUGGACAUGGAGGCAAGGACCCUGCUGCUGUGGAGAGCCAGCAUUUCACACCCACAUCUCCUCAAGACAUCCUCUCGGUUAUCCCUCCAAGUGUCCUCUCUGGGGUAGACACUGGGCCAUCCACCAGUCACAUGAGCCAUCCCAAACCUUCACCUGGUUCGCAGUUCAUCCCAGGAGAACUGCUCCGCAUCGAGAACACGAAGGAGGAUGGUGCCUACGAGUCAGAGACCCAGGAAAAGGGUGCAAAAGAUGCUCAGGAUGCAAUGGUCAACACCAGGCCACCUCAACCAAAAGCCACCAUGCCCAUGGGCUCUUCCGAGCAGCCGUUCCCUUAUGACUUGCUGUUCCUCACGGGCCAGUACGCGCGAGGAACGUACCCUGACUUCACCAAAAGUGUGGAGCGUGGCAGAGACGACUGGCAGGUGAACCACUACCGCAGAUAUGAUGAUCAUGCAGAGGACCAGCGGGUCCAGUCCUUCCCCAGUGCCUCUGAUAAGAGCUUUCUGACACCCAGUAUGGAAGCUCAGAAAGAGUCUAAAGCAGCAGAUGUCUUAUGGCCAAGGUCUAAAGGGAGAUCCAUGAUGUCUUACUAUUGGUAGUAUUGAGUAUAAGAGCUAUGGUCUUCCUCCCCAAGAUGCAACAGUGUCAACGGAACGGAAUUCCUUUGUGGUUAAUGCAAAUAAAAUGUACCUCAAUGGUUUUGUUUUCCAGACCUG